CAAAGCUUGAAAAUCGGCAUGAACCGCAAACUAUUUGUCAGCCUUUUGUUUAUGUGCUAAGGUGUUUACGGUGAUAGAGUUAAAUGCUUCUUCGAAAUUUCGAAUUACAAAAAUCUGAUGGUGCUGCGGUAUCCUGGGAGAGCAUAUCCUGUCCAUGAGCAAAACAUAUCUUGAAGGUGAAACUCACUUAAUGAAAGCGCACCGUUGUGGAAUAUUGAUUGAGUACGAAUUUGAUUAAUCGUCGUGUUUAACGUGUAGAACACGUAAGACUGACCUCUAUUUUAACUUUUAUCUUUAACCUACAGUGUUUCCUCAUCAGGAAAUAACGCUCAGGACUGCUUGUAUGUUGACGUUAAAUUUCGAACAUGCUCAGUGUUUACAGUUUUCUGUUUCUCGCUGUCUAUCAUAAAUAAUUACGGCGGAACGUUCAGUAAUCCAAAGUAUCUGAAACAGACUGCGAAUGCACAAUUUUAUUUUGAGGUAAAGCGAUAAAAAAAACGGCACAGGAAAUGAACGGAUUCCAGUCAAGUCCACCGGAGUGCCCUGCUGGAAGUGUUUGUUCAAUUGAGGGUCUGCCACCUUUACCGAAAGGCCUGAGCGGUAUUCUCAAUUCCAGUGGCGGUUCCUGGAGGGACAUCGAAAAAGUCUACAGCAAGAGGACGCGCAUUCAGGCCGACAUCAGCAAGUCUAGAGUAAGCGAUUCGCUCGGCCGGAGCAAACCUGCAAGUCUUGACGCAGCGCUGGCAAUGCUGCGUAAAGAAAUGGUGGGCUUGAGGCAGUUGGAUAUGUCUUUACUCUGCCAGCUCUGGUCUCUGUAUGAGUCUAUACAGGAGUACAAAGGGGCUUUCCAAGACAUUUCGUCCUCUCUUCUGUCCGAGAGUUCCUUCACUACAGAAAAUGGCUACUCCGAGGAUGAAGAGGACGAGGAAGAAGAUGUCAACGAUGGUGAAACAGCUGACCCACCUUUACCCCUUCCCCAGCCAACCCAAAACUCCCGUGACCAGUGGAUUAAGGAAUCAUUUCACAUUCCCAUUUGAUCUAUGUUCUCCUCAGAACUCAUUGAAUUUACAGCGCUGUCAUAGCUUUCCUAUCUACUUCAGCUGUUUUAGACGGCAGUGCUGUUUAUCGGGCAUCGCAGCCUGUAUAAGUAAAGUUUGAUGCAAAUGGACAACUUUUUUAAUAGUCUCUCAUAAGAUUCAUGAUUGUUAGUUCUUUUAAGCAAGACCCUAAAAAAAUACAUGCCUUACUGGCUCACAACAGAAAUUGCUGUGUAGAUGACUGUUGUUGUUUUUCCUUGAAAAACAUUCUUCAUUUGCUAAAUGAUCCUCUCCUUGUACAGUCACAAUAGCUGGACAGAGGAAAGGCUGACUGGAAACGACAGGGCAGGGGGAAGUCCAUUAAUACUUUUGCCUCAUGUUAGCUGAGCAUGUUUUGUAUGGAAGGAUUUUAAUUACUCAGAAAUGACUCUGUAGUUUUAAAUACACGUAAUAUAUUUAAAGUCUGUUAUUGGUAUAACAGUGUAUAUAAGAAGCAUUAUCUUUUCUUUCUACGAUGCAUU